UGGUGCCAUGGCGGCUAAAACAAAGAGGACCACCAUGAUGCAGGCUACUCGUGGCUCGAUCAUGCCCAUUGCGGCAGAGAAGCGAGGAGCCGUUGCAGUCCAGGUUGGAGAUGCUGUGUUCGUGGGCGACCAGAAGCUGACGGGCGUCGUUCGCUUCAGCGGUGCCACGAAGUUCGCAGAGGGCGAUUGGCUGGGCAUCGAGCUGGACAAGAAAGUGGGAAAGAACAAUGGCAGUGUCCGGGGGGAAGUAUACUUUCAGUGUGCCCCAGAGCAUGGUAUCUUCGUCCGACCAACUGCGGUAAUGAAGAGAGGAGACGUAGCCACUGUUGCCAGUCCUCCGAGUCCCGCUGCUGGGGUCAUACCGCCCGGGAAAGAAGGUGCUGCAAUGCCCAGCUCUCCGACGGUCCCUGAGGCCAAAACCUCUGAAGCGAAAGCCAAGGAAACCAAGGCAUCAGAAGAGGUCGUCGCAUCAGACCGAGCGAAGGCACAGUUAGAUUUGGCCAUGGCCAUGGAAGACCAUGAUCUCAAUCGCAUCAAACGCUUCCUGCCCGUGGCGCAGAACUUGGGCGUGGCACCUGAGGAGAUCGCAGCCGCCCGAAAGCUCUUAGAGUACGAAACCCUGGUCGUAGCCAUCGAAGAUGUGAAGCGUUUGUAUGGCUCCAUUGCGAAGCUGACACAGAGGGUGGAAGAGCUUCAGAAAAAGUCACAGGCUCCAAUCCGACCUGCUUUGCUGCAGGAGUUGGAGAGACGACUUUGGAGCCGUGUUGAGCCGAAGUUGGCCAAAAUGCUGGAAGGUCGAGUCCUUUCCAAGGAUGCCACAGGCUCCACGGCAACAUCAAUGCCAAUAGGCCAGGGCAUCCUUUCAGCAGCUGCCACUACGCUGGUGGAAUAUGAAGCCAAGGAUACAUCAGUUUUCUCCAGUGCAGGGCGCAGACUUCUGGAGGCUGCCUCUCCAGGCGAAGAAGCAGAAUCUGAAUCCCCUCUCAAAAAGAUCGUGCGUGGCACUUUGCACGGAGUCUUCUCCGCUGCAGGGCGAAAACUCAUUGAGGAAAAGAAAUUUGAGGAGGUGGACAAGGAUGGCGAUGGGGUAAUCUCCCAAGCAGAGAUUACUGCGACUCUAGCCGAGAUGAAGAUUGAUGGCAAAGAAGUAGAAGAGGCUCAACAACAAAUCAUGCAGAUGGCGGACAAGGAUGGCGAUGGCGUUAUUUCGAAAGAAGAACUGGAUCAAGCAAAAGAAAAGGUUGUCUCACAAGAUCCAAAACUGCCUGUUGCUGAAGCUGCACCCCCCAAGGAUACUGUAGCGAAAGACUCAAAAGAAGAUGCUGAUGCUUCACAUUACCAACUGGUUCGAGGGACUCUUGCCAGUAUUCUUUCUGGUGCAGCGAAGCGCUUCGUCGAAACCAAGAGCUUUGAAGAGGUUGACAAGGAUGGAGACGGAGUGAUUUCCCAGCAAGAGAUAACUGCUUCGCUUACUGAAAUGCAAGUUGAUAGCAAGGAAGCAGAAGAAGCCAAACAGCAGAUCAUUUCCAUGGCUGACAAGGACGGAGAUGGUGUGAUAUCGAAGAAAGAGCUAGAUGAGGCAAAAGCGGUAGUUGCUGGUAGUUAACGUAGUGCAGAACAGUGUUGUCAUCCACUGGAUGGAG